GCCUUGCACUCGAAUCAUUGGACUAUGGCUUGGACUUAAACGCGACAUGACGCCUUGAGCCCGAUCUCGACUUUCGGUUGGCAUUUGCCGCGACUCUCCAAGCUACAUCCCAAAGCUAGGAACCUCCUGUCAAUCAGAGUCAUGUCCUUCGUAGCAUGGACAAUCAAGCAUAUCGCUCCUCUUUUCCUUAUCACCUCUCCGGUCACCUCCUAUGCCGAUCAAAUAUGGUCCAUGCACAAGAAGCGCUCGUCAGCGGGCUUCUCGCUUGAUGUGCCCUUGAUCAUGCUGGUCGCAUCAAUAACAAAGGUUUUCUACUGGUUUGGAUCUCGCUACGACAUUCCGCUUCUGAUCCAGGCUGGGAUCGCGAUAUUCGUUCAGUUCGCGGUGCUUCAUGUUGCUCUCCUUCAUCGACCAGCAUUCGGAGCCCAGCAUAGCAUACCUUUUGCCGGUGCUGGAGAAAGGGAAGGACUGGCGAAUCGACCGUUCAAAUUCUGGCAAUGGCGGAGUAGAAAGCCGUACUGGGAAUUCCUCUUCUACUACAGCAUCACUCUGGCCGCUCUCCAGAUGCUGAUUGGAUCCAACCAAGCCUACAUCGCCUUCCAGGGCUACUUUGCGCUUAGCGUGGAAGCGGUCCUCCCUCUGCCCCAGAUUAUGGAGAACUAUCGCAGCCGGUCAUGCAAAGGCUUCCGCUUGAGUAUUCUGGUCAACUGGUUGAUCGGUGAUGCGUUCAAGAUGACAUACUUCUUUCUCUCGGAUGGAUCCGCCGUGCCGUGGGCGUUCAAGCUCUGUGGUAUCUUCCAGGCCGUGUGCGAUUGUUAUUUGGGCGUACAGUACUGGAUGUACGGCGAGGGCGAGCAGAAUUUCGACAUUGGCAUGCGAGAUCAGCGACUUGCAUGA